CCUCUUGUCAGGCCACGGGUAACAGUACCUUCAUCACGUUCAAAUCAAGACUUACCGGCUGUGGCGCCAAAGUGAAGUUCGGUAACUCCUCCAUCCGGUAUUCGAACGUCGUUAAAACCAGACCCAACUACCUGUCUCUCAUGAAGGGGGUAGUGACUUGGGCGAGCACUGUCGAGAUCCACGUGGUUUGCAAGUAUGUGAAACACCGUUGGGUUGGCCACAGCUUCACCCCUGUUGUUGACAAGAUUCGUUUCAGGGAAGAAAGGCUUGGGAAUUUUUCCUUUAAAAUGCAGCAAUUUAAGACCGAGAACUUCGUCAAUCCGUACUCCAAGAAAGAUUUUCCGGUGGCGGUGAAGGUUCGAGACAAAAUGUAUUUCCUGCUCAGUGUCGACUCGAAAGACGAGGAUGUCAAACUGUUUGCCAAGACAUGCAAAGCUACAACUACCCCAAGUCCAAAAGACCCGAUUCAGUUUUUGUUCAUCAGCAAUGGAUGUCCCGUCAGCCACUCUGUCAAGUUUCUCCCGUGCCAGAACCCCAAAGAGAUCCGACUCAGCCUGAAAGCCUUCCAGUUCCUGAAGAUUUUACCUCAGAUCUACCUGCACUGCAAACUGACCGCCUGCCAUUCGCAAGAUACCACGUCACGCUGCACCAACGGGUGCUUACGUUCCGACGAGAGGCGGAAGAAAAGAGAGGAAGCAGACGAUGGUUAUCAACUGACUGCUGGACCAUUCCAGUAUGUCCUCCAGUAA